AUGAAUAUCAAAUUAGGCCAUCCGGUUUCUGACAGGACCAUCAACCGUCUUGCCAUCUUCUGCGGUCCCAUCGGCCAACUAUGCUUUGUUCUCUUCUUGCCAGCCGGUCUCAUGCUGCCUCCAAUCAGCCCCUCUCUCUCUCCUGAGGAAACUGCCAAUCACUACCGAAAGAACGAGGCCGGAAUGAAAGCUGGGGCGACGAUUAUGCUUCUAAGCGGUAUCUUCUGGCCUAUAUUCUGUGCCGGGGUCAACCGCCAAUUGGCCCGAAUCCCGAACAUCAAUCCGACACUCCUGUGGGCACAGUUGGCGGCCGGUUCGCUUGGCGCAGUGUCCAUGAUGCUGCCGGCCAUCUUCUUUGCGGCCACAGUCUACCGACUAGACCGGGACCCAGUCCUCACGCAGCUCUUAAGUGACCUAGCCUGGUUCUGUUUCGCAUUACUGUUUCCCCCAUUCGUGGCACAGGAUAUGGCUAUAUCCUGUGCCAUUCUCUCCGAUACCCGCUCCAAGCCAUUACUCCCUCGUUGGUUGGCAUAUACCACUACGGGACUCACUUUGACUCUCUAUCCUGCUUUGGGGGUUCAUUGCGUUCAAAACGGCCCCAUCGCGUGGAAUGGGGCUGUGGGAUUCUGGCUGGGGGCCGCCGGCUUUGGCAUACAAGUUGGAUUACUGGUUUCGUCUCUGCUGAAGGCUGUGGCUACGCCUGAUAAUGAUGAUGGUUCCGAGGAAGAGGGGUAA